GUGGUGGGGCUCCGGUGGACGUCAAGCUGCGCCGGUGUCUUCGAGGCGGUCACCUGGGUUCGCGGAACUCAGGGAAGUACGCGGCGAGCACCUUCGCGCCGUGCUAGAACACGGAGCCGUGGGACAGCGCGGAGGAGCUGCUCGCGGGCACGCCUGGAUUCGUCAGGCCGCGUCGUGCGGAGCACGCUGGGUGUUGUAGUCCUGGAUAUGGAGCGAACAUUGCCACACGCGGUUCCUUUGAGUCAGAUGGAGGUGUUCCAGGCCUUACAGCGGCUGCACAUGACAGUCUUCUCUCAGAGCGUGUCCCCCUGCGGCAAGUUCCUGGCAGCUGGCAACAAUUACGGGCAGAUUGCCAUCUUCAGCCUGUCCGCAGCUCUGAGUUCGGAAGCUAAAGAGGAGAGUAAGAAGCCCGUGGUGACUUUCCAAGCCCAUGAUGGGCCCGUCUACACCAUGGUGUCCACCGAUCGGCAGCUGCUCAGUGCUGGGGACGGGGAGGUGAAGGCCUGGCUGUGGGCAGAGAUCCUCAAGAAGGGUAGCAAGGAGCUCUGGAGGCGUCAGCCACCAUACAGGACCAGCCUGGAAGUGCCCGAAAUCAAUGCUUUGCUGCUAGUCCCCAAGGAGAAUUCCCUCAUCCUGGCCGGGGGAGACUGUCAACUGCAUACCAUGGACUUGGAAACCAGGGCCUUUACACGGACCCUCCGGGGUCACACAGACUACGUCCAUUGCCUGGCGCUGAGGGAGCGAAGCCCCGAGGUUCUGUCGGGGGGAGAAGACGGGACCGUGAGGCUUUGGGAUCUCCGCGUGGCUAAGGAGGUACAGAUAAUCGAGGUCUACAAGCACGAGGAGUGCUCCAGGCCCCAAAAUGGUCGCUGGAUUGGGUGCUUGGCCACUGAUUCGGACUGGAUGGUCUGUGGAGGGGGCCCGGCCCUGACCCUUUGGCACCUGCGGUCCUCCACGCCCACCACCAUCUUCCCCAUGAGGGCGCCACAGAAGCAGGUCACCUUCUACCAGGACCUGAUUCUGUCGGCCGGUCAGGGCCCCUGCAUCAACCAGUGGCAGCUAAGUGGGGAACUCAAGGCCCAGGUGCCAGGCUCUUCCCCAGGGCUCCUCAGCCUGAGCCUCAAUCAGCAGCCGGCGGCCCCCGAGUGCAAGGUCCUGACAGCUGCAGGCAACAGCAGCCGUGUCGAUGUUUUCACCAACCUGGGCUACCGUGCCUUCUCCUUGUCCUUCUGAGCCCAGGACACACAAACACCCCCCCCACCCCACCCCGCUUUUUUUAUAAAUAAAGUUUUGACAUUU